AUGAGUUCCGAACCUGUAGCAACACCUCCCGCAGCCACUCAGCCGCUUUCUGGCGCCGAGGAGAAGAAAAUCGAAGCUGGAGAAGCUCAAUCGACUGUUACGCAAGCCCCAGCCGCUGUUGAGCCCGUAGCUCCCGCUCCACCGCGUGGUGUUGACCAGAAGAACGCUGAGCCAGUCCCCGCUGAAGAGAAAAAAUUCGAAGCUAGCCCGGAAGAGAAAGCUGCAACUGUCCAAGAGAAGAAGUCUGUAACUACUCCACUUGAGCAGCUCCUGGCCGAUCUCCCUGCCAUUACCAGAGAAGCCGGGCAUGGCGAAAUUUGGGGCGUGACACUCACCGAUGCAACUCAUGUCCCAACCACCAUUGUCCUUGAGAAGUUCCUGAGGGCCAAUGCUAAAGACAUGGUCAAGGCCAAGGCGCAGCUCAUUGAAGCUCUAAAAUGGAGGAAGAAGAUGGAUCCCCUGAAGCUUUUGACUGAUGUUGAAUUCGACAAGUCCAAGUUUGGUGAUUUGGGCUAUGUCACAGUCUAUCCGAAGACGGAUGCCCAUGCAAAGGAGGUUGUUACAUGGAACAUCUAUGGUGCGGUGAAGGAUAACAAAGCUACUUUUGGCGAUGUCGAUGAGUUCAUCAAAUGGCGUGCAGCGCUCAUGGAGCUCUCAGUCCGAGAACUUGACCUUGCAUCUGCCACCGAACCAAUACCCGCUGACGGAACUGAUCCCUAUCGUAUGGUGCAAGUCCACGACUACUUGAACACCUCUUUCCUUCGUAUGGACCCAGCUAUCAAGGCCGCAUCCAAGGAGACGAUCCAGACGUUUAGCAUGGCGUAUCCAGAGCUUUUGAAGGAGAAGUUCUUCGUCAACGUGCCGCUUCUUAUGGGCUGGGUAUUUGCCGCUAUGAAACUAUUCUUGAGCCCUGAGACUGUGAAGAAGUUCCAUCCGUUGGCGUAUGGGUCGAGUCUUGCAGGCGAGUUGAAGGGCUGGGGCAGUGAGUUACCAGAGGCUUAUGGUGGGAAAGGGAAGGCUGUGAAGGAGGGUCUUACUGUUAAGUAUGCUGUCGACAAGCCGGCUGCCGAGAAGGUUACCCCCGUUGCUGAAGUCACGAAGGAGGAGACCAAGGAGUGA